AUGGAUGAGCUCAGCCCAGUUGCGGAAAUUAAUGAUCCUGACCUUAUAUGUAUUUCUGAGACCUGGCUAGAUCCAAGCAUAUUGGAUCUAACUAUAUCCCCGUACCGAAAAGAUAGAGGAACACCUGGCGGCGGUUUAAUUACUUAUGUUAAAACUGCAAUACCUUCUAGCCGCUUGUUCGACAUGGAAGAGGAAGGCAAAGAGGCUCUGUGGCUAUUGUUGAAACCACAAAGACUUCCAAGGCCUUUCAGUUGCAUUGUUAUGGUUGCAGUCUAUUAUCCCCCAGAUCAAGCGGCUAUAAAUGAGACAACUAUGAUUGAUUAUCUUACUAAUGGAAUCGACGUUAUUCUACAAAGCUAUCCCUCUGCUGGAAUUAUAAUCGCUGGAGACUUUAACAAAAUGAAAUUAGGAACAUUAUGUAAUUGUUUUGAUUUUAGGAAAAUUGUUAAGAAACCAACUCGCCAGAACAAUACUUUAGGUCAGAUAAUGACUAAUAUGUCGCCACUGUUUCAAGAAGUGCAACAUCUUCCUCCCUUAGGUUGAUCGGAUCACCAAUGCCUCCCUUUGAAUCCAAAAUAUCGGACAAGUACACGCCCAAUAACUAAAACAUUUAGAUCGAUGAAACGUUCAAACUUAAUAGCUCUCGAGCUAAGACUAAGCAGAAAUGUCUGUGAUACAGUAUACGAAGCAGAAGACGUAGAAUAAAGUCUCAAUUUUCAAUGGAGUUAUUAGUCAAGUUCUAGACGGACGUAUGCCUCUGAAAUCCAGACGCCUACAUCCCACGGAUAAACCUUGGAUGACUCCAAACAUUAAAGCAAAGAUUAAGCUUAGACAACGGGAUUUUACUCGUGGCAACAUGUCCCAGUAUAAUCCGCUAAGUGCACAAGUAGAAGAUAUGAUUAGGAAAGCCAAAUUAUCAAAUUACUAUCAAAAUAAAGCUAAAACAUUCCGCACAUCUGACCCUGCGAAAUGGUACAAAGCAAUUUAUAAUCUGUCCGGAGUAAGUAGUCAGCAUGAAGGCCUAACAGUAAACUCCAUGGGUAGCGAGGCCGCUUUAGCAGAAAAAUUUCAAAAUCCUUUACUGAACGAUGGAAACACCUAAUUACAACAAGUAUUCCCCAACUAGAUGAAGUUGAGUCACUUCUCAAAAACUAUCCUCUCCCUCUACCUAGUAUUGGCCAGAUUAAGAGCGUCCUAAAUCACUUUAACCACUCGAAAACAACGGGAACAGAUGGUGUUCCAGCAUGGUUACUUAAACGAUUCUCUAGCGAUCUAGCGCCGAUUGUUCAUGACAUCAUUACGGCUAGCAUUAAACAGUGUAAGUAUCCAAGUCAUUACAAACAUGGCCUGGUCACAUCUGUGCCUAAAGCAUACCCACCAACUGACGUUAGUAAUGAUUUUAGACAAAUCUCUGUUUUGCCACAUAUUGGGGAAAUCCUAGAGAGAGUACAAUAGAACUCAAUCAAAAUGACAUCAUACUACGUCCCAGUCAACAUGGUUUUACUAGUGGCCGCUCUACUACAUCGGCUCUGAUUCCAUCACACAGACAUGGUUUAAUGCUACUGACAAUACCUGCCGUGACAAAGCAGGCAUCCGUGCCCUCUUUAUCGACUUUAAAAAAGCCUUUGAUCUAGUUGAUCAUGGGAUCCUGUUGAAUAAACUUGUAUUGAUGAAUGUUAAUAAAAGCUUCUGGUUGUGGGUCAAAAGCUUCUUAUCUGGUAGAACUCAGCAGGUCAAGAUAAAUCAAACACUUUCAUCGAUCGAGGGUUGCCCAGCUGGAGUACCGCAAGGAUCUGCUCUUUCGCCGACUUUAUUUAAUAUCCACAUUGACGACUUAGAUACGAGUGUUCCUGAAGAUCUUGAGGUGAGCACAUAUAAAUAUGCCGAUGACUGCACGCAAAGCGAAUGCAUCAUGAAAGGAGAGUGUAGCAACAUGCAGAAAGUCUUAGACUCGGUUCAGAACUGA